UUGCACAACAAGGACGUGACGUAGUCUUUCAAAUUAACAGAACGCUGUUGUAUUUGUCGUAUUUGUUUAUAUUCACGCGCCUGUAAACUAUAAUUUCCAUCAUGUCUUCAGACUUUGAGACUUACGAACAGGACUUCGGCACCCUCACAGCCGAAAUAACCAACAAGGUUGGCAGGAUACCCAAACUUAGUGGUGAAGAGAAGACGCAGCUGGUUGUAAAUGUCGACAAACAGCUUGAAGAAGUCAGAGAGUUGCUGGAGCAGAUGGAUCUGGAGGUGAGGGAGAUCCCAGCCCAGAGUAGAGCCAUGUACAGCACCCGCCUGCGCAGCUACAAGCAGGAGAUGGACAAGCUGGAGAAGGACUUUAAAAGGUCACGGAUUGCCUACAGUGAUGAGGUUCGGACUGAUCUGCUGGGGGAGGACGGCGCCUCCUCAGAGAGUCAGUUGAUAAAGUUGCGUGAGGAGAGAGCGCAUCUGUUGGACAACACAGAGAUGCUGGAAAGGUCAUCGCGCAGGCUGGCGGCUGGCUACCAGAUAGCGGUGGAGACUGAACAAGUGGGACAAGAGAUCCUGUCCAACCUGAACAGUGACCGCGAGAAGAUUCAGAGAUCCCGGGAUCGGCUCAGAGAGACCGAUGCUAAUCUGGGCAAGAGCUCACGCAUCCUCACGGCUAUGCUCAGAAGGAUCAUCCAGAACCGUAUCCUGAUCUUCAUCCUUGGUGCCAUCUUCCUCCUUGUCAUCGUACUGGCCAUUUUCUUCAAGAUGAGAAGCCGCUGAUCCCACAGCUCAGCAUUCCUGUGUGUGUGUGUGUGUGUGUGUGUGUGUGUGUGUGUGUGUGUGUGUGUGUGUGUGUGUGUGAGAGAGAGAGGGAGAAAGAGAGAGUGGCUGUGAUUAAUAAUGACAAAAGCAUUGGGUAGGAGUAAUUAGGACAAAUUGUUCACAUGAAUCAUUCUUCUUUCAGCAUUGACAGAGACGGGGGUGUGUGUGUGUGUGUGUGUGUGUGUGAGUGGUUCAGUGAAUGGGUGUGUGUGUGUGUGUGUGUGUGUGUGUGUGUGUGUGUGUGUGUGUGUGUGUGUGUGUGUGUCUGUUCAUUCCUCUUUAUUCUCUCUUGUUCUUAAUAUUGUAAUUCCUGAUAAGAGUCUUUGCAUGGAGGCCCCGCCCCGUUUUCUCCCAGGUACUCUGAUUGGACAGAAAACAGGAAGUGAUGAAAGGAUGUGUGCAAAAAAAUCAUGACACAAAAUGUUCAUCUGUUUAUUUUAUAUCUCCAGAUCUGCUAUGGUGUUUGUCAGAGGUUAAGAUGUGCUGUACACUCCACACACACACACACACACACACACACACACACACACACACACACACACAAGUACACACACACACACACACCUACACACACACACACAAACACACAUUGUGGACCUUGUUUUUUAAGCAGUGCCCUGUAUUCUGAUCUGUGUGAGUCCUCCACUCAGACAGCUGCUGCCUCUGUGACCGAUCCAGCGCCGGAUGUCAGCCAGAGCAGCGCCGGAUGUCAGCCAGAGUCCCUGCUGUCUGUCUGGGCGUGGUGUGGGGUGUGCGUGUGUUUGUGGGGUGUGUGUGUGUGUGUGUGUGUGUGUCUGGGCGUGGUGUGGGGUGUGUCUUUAGAUGACUAACGGCCUGCUCUAGCACACACUGAUGGCUAGGUGACCAUGUGCUAACUGCUAGCACACACUGAUGGCUAGGUGACCAUGUGCUAACUGCUAGCACACACUGAAUGCUAGGUGUCCAUGUACUGACUGUAUUUAUUCCAUGUGCUGUUAGAGGUUGGCUCUUCAUGUCUAUGUCAAUGAGUAUAAUAAAGUCCCUAUCAUCCAUUA